UCACGAUUAUUAUCUUUAAUGAGAUUUUAAGUCAUAGUUAUGUUAAUUUUGAGAAUCUUUCUCUAUAUAUUAUACUAUACUAUGUUAUACUAUACUGAUUUUUUUUUUUAAUUGGCAGAAAUGGGCCUCUACUACGCUCUGGAUGGAGAUCAUGUGUAAUCUUAACAUAUAACAUAACACCAAUGCUAUUUUAACAUAACAGAUCAUACUAUAUUUUCCCCAAAUACACUCAGACCUAUAUGUGAGGUGUUCAGACAAAUGUGCAACAUAUGAUAUGUUGACGAAAAUUAGCAUGGAGUGAAAUUAGCAUAUUUAUAAAUGCUGCUUUUCUCAGGCUUCAGAAUGAGUGAAUAUGGAUACACAGGGAAGUAACAAAUGAUUGCAGUCCUUUUUCAUAAGCGGUAUUUAAAUCCACCAGUUAAAAAGGAAUCGAAUGAUCCUGCAGAACAACCCCCACGCACCCAGGUGAAGUUUUACAUUCCGAUCGAUUACUUCUGUUUAAAAGAAAAAGACCGUUUGUGGGGUUUGGCUGAGGAACAGCGGGAAGCCUGGCGCUCACGACGAGAGUGUGUGCUGAAAAAGCAAAAACUCCCAUCAAUGUGUUUCGUGAACCCAGGGACCAUCCCUGUGGGGGCUGAAGAAGCUUCAGAGCUUCUGCUCUUCGACGUCAGAUGGCUUCAAAGGCUGGUGUUUAAGUGCAGAUCUCUGCUCACUUCCACACUCAACUGCACCGAAGUGCUGGAAUCCUGACUGAAGUGGCAAGACUUUAUCCAGGAAGCUCUUUCCACAGCAGUGCCAUGCGUGUGUGCUGCAGUCACCUGGUCUUGGCUGCCAUCUUGUGGGCGAUGCCGUGCACCAGAGCAGCUGUGGCUCUGACCAACACCACAGAGCUCUCUCCGCUCAUUGUGGCUGAUUUUGGGAUUGAACUGAGCUGGAGGAACAGCAGCAGCGGCGGUGAUGCACCUCAUAGCCGGAGGAAGCGCUACAUUUCCUCCAGGGAUAUGAUGGCUUUGCUGGACUACCACAACCGUGUGCGAUCUCAGGUCUUCCCACCUGCUGCAAACAUGGAGUACAUGGUGUGGGAUGAGAGGCUUGCUAAAUCAGCUGAGUUCUGGGCCACACAGUGCAUAUGGGAUCACGGGCCACCACAUGUUAUGAGGUACACAGGCCAGAACCUGUCCUUCACCACUGGAAGAUAUAGAUCAGUCAUUGAGCUGGUGAAAUCAUGGCAUGAUGAGAAGUAUUCCUUCUCCUACCCCAACAGAUGCACCGGCUCCGUCUGCACCCACUACACACAGAUGGUGUGGGCCAGCACCAAUCGGAUUGGGUGUGCCAUCAACAGGUGUUCAAAUAUGUAUGUGUUUGGUGCUAAGUGGAAACAGGCCACCUUACUGGUCUGCAACUACUCCAUCAAAGGCAACUGGGUGGGAGAAGCUCCAUACAAGACGGGAAAGCCAUGCUCAGCUUGUCCUUCUAUUUAUGGAGGAUCAUGUAACAAGAAUCAGUGCUCCACAUCAAAACCCAGAACAAAGCUCAAGAGGUUUUAGUCACACUGAUUGACGUGAAUGAAUUGCGACUGUCACAAGAACUUGGAAGCACAUUUUUGUGUUGCACCACUAUUAACUCAGUUGAUUUCCUUUGUAAAAUAUUGCAUUUUUACACCUUUUAAAUGUUUUUUUAUUUUAUUUUAUUUUAUUUUUUUUUACUGUGGUCGAACUAAGAAAUCGUCACACACAGACCCGCUGAUUUAAUCGCUGUAGUCGUCCCAAGAGUUAGUCCUGUGACUCUGUUGUUGUCUCUUGUCCUGUCCCUGGACUGUUUGCACUGUUUUGUAUGUUUGCAUUACUGUAAGAGUGGCAUUGCCGUUAAGGUUCAUGUUGAGAGUUAAGCACUUUUAUGGUUUGUGUACACCCAAUAAAUUUUCUAACCUUGUGAUGGCUUA